CCUCCAUCGUUCAUCAAAAACAGUGUGAAUUCGGUUGAAAAUAUUGCUUGAUUAAUCGUAAUUGUUUAAAACAAGUGUCAAAAUGGGCGACAACUUUGGAAUCCAUCGGGGACCGCCUUCGAAGAAGACGGCAUCGUCUACCGACAGUAGCGAGGAUCGCACCCAGGGUCAGAUCCUUAGCGAUUUCCUAGUUCAGCUGGAGGAUUACACUCCCACGAUUCCGGAUGCUGUCACAUCCUACUACUUGAACACGGCUGGGUUCGAGGCGUCCGAUCCAAGGAUCGUUCGUUUGAUUUCGAUCGCCGCCCAAAAGUUCAUUUCGGACGUGGCCAACGAUGCGCUGCAGCACUGCAAAACACGCACAAGCAAUGCGCCGAGUUCGGGCCAUGGCUCGUCGAAGAAUCAGAAAGCCACAUUGUCCAAGGACCGAAAGUACACCCUAACCAUGGAGGAUUUGCAGCCCGCUUUGAACGACUACGGCAUUACCGUGCGCAAGGCGCAUUACUUUGUCUAGUGGAGUAAGUUGUGCGCGAGUGUUCAACUUGGUGUAGCUCUGUACCCGUUGUGAUGGAAUGAAGAAUGUAUA